AUGCGUCAUGCUGGUGUCGCAUGUGCCAUUAAGGAACAAGACCGAGAGGGAGAAGAUGACGAGGUUCGGGUGACCAUGGAUGAUGAUGAUGUCGAUUACCCUAAAACCAUCAAUGAAGACCUCAUUGCGUUCGGGCUGACCCCCGACGACGUCGAAGACGUGGGCGGCGCUGCUGCUGCCUUGUUCGGUAGCAGUGUUGCUCUGAUCAACUUGGAGGUAGCGCCGGCUAGUGAUGUUGCAGGCUCUAAUGAUCAUGACUCGCUCACUUCUACCACUGAAAAUCCAGCUGCACUGCAGCAGCAUUACUUUUGCCCUGCCAGAGAGGACCACGCCAACCGGGUCUUCUCAGAUUUGGCAGCAGCUUAA